GGCCCGAACUCAGGUCUUAACGAUGUGAAACGACGAAUUAUCACGGUUAUCCGAAUGCAGUUCCGUGCCGUAAGAAUUCAGAGUAUAUGUAUAAGUGCGUGUGUGUAUGUGUGCGUGUGUGUGUGUGUUCGACUAUUUUUUUCGAGAACGCAUUUACUCUGUGCUGUCGGUAUCUGCUGCGUCAAGUGGCGGCCAAGUAGUUAAGUGAAACGGAUAACGCACCUGUGCAGUUGUUCGGUUUAAGAAUAUACGAUUUGGUUAACGGAUUUUAAAUUAUACGGUUCUGUUGAAGAUGCUUGACGAGUACGACUUGCGCUAAGACAUGCGUUGGUUUCGCAACCACGCCGAGGCACCGAGACUUUUGCGCUUAAGUCCACUUCGAGCCGAUGAAGACGUCAAUGAAGCAUCUUACCAUUUUCGUACGAGGUCCCGAUGCAGAGACAUGUCGCCGGUGCGAUGGGCUCGAAAGAAGUCCUCGAGUUCCGAAUCCGAGAUAAACUGUUACAACGUGCAGACUUCCCAAGUAACGACCGAAAAAACGUCCAACAAGAAAAACAAGAAGCGAAUUCAAGAAGAACGGCGAAGAGUGUGCGAGAAGCGAAAUCCUCUUCUGGAUCGUGUGAAGAGUACCAGGUUGAGCUUUUUCAAGGAUCAUGAUUCCGAUGAAGAUGAAAACGAUAACGACGAUGAGGAAGCGGGACAGGCCCAGUUCCGUUCGAUGUGCGAGUUAAGACAUCACGAACUGAUCAGAAAUGAAUUUCGGCGAUCGGUGUGCGAGUCGGAUCUAAAGGACAUCAUAGAAGAGAGAGAAAGCCAUCACGUGAAAAGAAAAAGACGCGCCAAGUCUCAAACUAGAUUACCAUACAAAAAACAGCAAGAAGAGCGGUUUUCCUUUUUAGGUUUCCGCACUUCGACAUGUCGGAAACAGCCAAAAGAAGAGGACUCGAUUCAAGAAGACACAGCGCACAACGAUUACCAGUGGAAGAAACCCGGUCAGGACUUCUUCGAGGCGAAUCGUCGCGCGAAUCGAUCUGUAGAUCAAGUAGCGGUCGACACAGAAACGCCCAAACACGAAACAACCUUCAGCAAAGACUCGACAGCAUUUGACAGCAUCACACCGUCUAGUUGUCUAGCUGCGAAAUUUCGCGCGAUGCAAGACAGAUACUUGAAGAGUUCGACGAACAGGCUGAUCGCAAAGAUCUACAGGAAGGAUUGCAAGGACAGAGAAAGACGAAGAUUACGUAGUUUUUCGUACGGUACGCUGCCCGGUCUCGAGGAACUGCGAACGAAUCCGCUUUACGAAGAUCAGGAUCAGGAUGACAACGAUUCCGGCAUCCUGGACAACGACUCCGCCACCAGCUCUCUUCUGGACGACAGAUGCAGCAGCGGUGCUUCCGGAGCGUUGAAUAACAGCCACAACGAGUCUUGUCUGGGUUCGCCUCCUCAACUGCCACCCAGAAGACCGUUUUCAUCCGCCGUCGACAUCGACAGGACCUCACGAUUGUUCGUCAGUUUGGAUAUAUACGACAGGACCAAGGACAUUUCUGAGACAAGUAUUAUCGAGGAGUUCUCAAGUCUCUGCCAAGCCGCAAACGAUACGUUGAUAGAUCGUCGAGUUCCCAAAGAAAGUAACGUGAAUCAAGAAAAAGAGAGAGAAAUCGUAGAUGAAGAAUCCAAGCCGAAGCAACGCGAUUCCGGUUUACAGGCGGUGAAAAGUAGAGCUUACACUACGGAAACGAUAGUCGUGAAACUCGCCAAAGAGACGGCGGAUCAGUGUCUGGGAAUUUUCAUCGCGAAAACCGCGGAAUCCAGUCCGGGUUAUCUGGUUGCUCACGUGGUGCCUAACGGAUUGGCCGAUAAGGAAGGUACCCUGCGAAUAGGUGACGAGAUUCUGAUCGUCAACGGGAGAAGAUUACGCGGUUUGAGUAUGACGGAGGCGAGAAAGAUCUUAGGAAACGGCAGCGGCCCCGGUGACAUCGAUAUCGUCGUCCUGAGGUAUGUCGAUCAGCAAACAAAGAAGUUAACGGAAAGCAGCGUGGAUUACGAGAAUGUCAGUAUGGAGGACGGUCACGGAGUAAUCGUCGACUCCAGUUCACCCAAGUCGCACUUCAGAAAGCAUCACACUAAGUGUCAUCGAGACAAGAAAGAUGAAUCCAGCAAGUCCGAGAAAUUUGCGACAAACAUGGACAGUGGAUUCACGCAAAACGUCUCAAAAUUCUGCACUCUUCCAAGAAGGCCGAGAAGUACCGUGUCCACGUUCCUCACGGUGCUCUUUGAGAAGGGAGCUGGAAAAAAGUCCUUGGGAUUCACUAUAGUUGGAGGAAGAGACAGUCCCAAAGGAAGCAUCGGUAUCUUCAUAAAGUCGGUACUGCCUGGUGGACAGGCCGCUGAAGAUGGCCGUUUGCGCGCAGGAGACGAAAUUUUGGCUGUGAAUGGCCAGGUCUGCCACGACUUGACACAUCGUGAAGCCGUACAGCUUUUUCGCAAUAUUAAAAUCGGGCCGGUUGCCUUGCAUCUUUGUAGACGUGUGAAAAAUCGUGAAUUGCAGAUACCAAAAGCUAAGUCGUGUGCAGAUCUUUUGAUGAUAGACACGUGAAGUAAAUUGUCAUUGUUGAAGGAAGAAGAAAUGUAAAUUGUCAUUGUUGAAAGAAGAAAAAUUGUGUAAAAUACAAAUCUCAUGUAUAUAGUCAUGUACAUUUUUAGAAUUUGCUAAGAAUAAAAAGUUAU